ACUCCCUUCGGUUGUUCUGGAUGCCAUCAUACAUGGGCUGGGUGGCUGGGUGGAAGCGAGAGAACUCCUGCACAUAGCCUGGCUGAAGAGUGCAUUGUUAGGCUUUGUGAGCUGCUGACACACCUACCCUCCCAUCUGGAGUGCGAGGGCCUGAGUAUGGUGCCUGCUCUUCCAUCAGAACAGGCCAGAUGUCAAAGAACUCCUGUUGAAGAGGAGGAGAGAGAGAAAGAGUGUUCAGACAGGAGUCUCACGUUAACAACUGUACAAAUGGAACACUACACGUUUGCCCUGCUUGUGGUCUUUCUGCCCUGCAUUGAGCACUGCUCGUCCUCUUCCUGUGUGGUGGACAGCUUUACAGUCAAGCAGGACUUCGACCCAAGAAAGUAUGCAGGAAAAUGGUAUGGUCUGGAGAAGAGGGUUCCAGAGGGACUCUUCCUCCAGGAUAACAUUUCCACUGAAUACACCAUUGAUCAUGAUGGCACCAUGACAGCUCACGCUAAGGGUCGUGUCACUCUGUUUGGAUUCUGGGUGGUGUGUGCUGACAUGGCUGCUCAGUACAGAGUGCUUGACCCCUCUAUCCCUGCCAAGAUGUUUAUGACCUACCAGGGCCUGGCCAGCUACCUGUCCAGCGGAGGUGACAACUACUGGAUCAUUGACACCGACUACGACAACUACGCCAUCACCUAUGCUUGCCGUGUGUUGAAGGGGGACAGGACCUGUGAGGACGGUUAUGCCAUGGUGUUCUCCCGUAACCCCCGUGGCCUGCCUCAUGCCAUCCAGCGCAUCGUGCAACAGAAGAAGGAGGAGAUGUGCUGGACUGGUCAGUUCCAGCCUGUGCUGCAGUCAGGAGCCUGCUGAGCUCUUUGAGAUAGAGUCCUUUGGCAUGCUGGCAUGGACUGUCUGCAACUCGCUGUCUCAAAGAAAUAUUGUCAAUGUGACAAAUAUUUUAAACAAAAUGUUCUGUCUUUUAGAGAGUUGUAGCAUAAGUGUUAAACCUUUAGUACAAAUGCUAAUAUGCAUUCACACAUCUGCUGAAAUUUGAGGCUACAGAACAACUGUUGGUAUAAAAAUAUUUUUUGAAUAAAUCUUUAUUGGUGGAAUAAAAAACUGGAUUAAUCAACUAAAUAAACUGAAUUAAAUAGCUAUAUCUAUGAAGGGAAAAAAAAAUUGUUCACAUUGAGCUUAACGGAAGAGUCAGCUUUUCCAAACAAUAAUUGUUGUGGGUUUAUUCCAAAUCAAAUAACAUGGAUACAGAGAGCACCCCGUGAUGUUAGCACAUAAUGGUAGUGUCUGAAAACCAGAUCACAUGGGGCCUGAUUUAAACUACAGUGUAGAGUCAAAUUACUGAAAACAAACAAAAACACACACGGCGCUAGGCUGCCUGUACUGAAAAGUAUUUUCCAAAGAAAUCUGAUUAAGGAAAGCCAGGCUUAAU